AGCUCCAAACCCUCCCGACAAACAUUUGAAAUCCCAUUCACGGCCCUUCCGAUUCCCCCACUUUCUUCCCAUGGCCGCUCCGCCGCCGGUGCUCACCGUGGUGGUGGAGAAGGGCCCGCGCGCGGGGGAGACCCGGCACUGCCGCGCGGGCUCCGCGCUACGCGUUGGCCGCGUCGUCAAGGGCAACGACCUCGCCGUGCGCGACACGGGGGCGUCGCAGCAGCACCUCGCCAUCCGGUUCCUACCGCCGCCCGCCGCCGCCGUGUGGGCAGUCUCCGAUCUCGGAUCCUCCAACGGAACCUUCCUCAACGGCGCCCCCCUCGUGCCCUCCGUCCCCGCCCCGCUCUCCCACGGGGAUCUGAUCAAGAUCGGCGAUUCCACCGUGCUCGCCGUGUCCAUGGCGCCCGAUUCGGAUCCGAAUCCAGUCACUAAUCCCAGCCAGAGGCGCUCCUCGCGCCGCACGGCGGCUGUGGUGCCGGUGGUGGUGGAGGAGAAGCCCUCUGUGGUGCCCCGCCGGGGCACACGGAAGAAAGCGCCGCAGGCAGCGGAGCCCCCUAGAGUGGAGAAGGAAGAGCAGGACGCAGUGGCAGUGGUGGUGCUUGAUGAGAGGCCCCAAGUGGUUACGCGCCGGGGAGGACUGAAGAAGCUGGUUGAAGAGCCCCCCCUAGGGGAUAGGGAGGACACUGCAGAGGCACCGCGGCUUGAGGAGCAGAAGAAGGCAGAAGAACCUUCUGAACCAGAGAAUGAUGACGAGGAGAAGAAGGAAGACACAGUGGUGACACGGCGUGGUCUGCGAAAGAAGGAGGAGGAGGCAAAUGUGGUGUUGCGUCGUGGCAGGCAAAAGAAGGCCUCGGCCCUUGAACCAGAGAAGGAAGGGAAGGAGGGUCUGGUGGUGACACACCGCGGCAGAAGGAAGAAGAAUGAGGCAACAGUCGCCCCUGUGCCAUUGCCUUCAAAGAGGAGGCUUAGAAGGGUACAGAGAAGUGAAGCAUCCUCUAGUGCAAUGAAAACUGUUCUUGAUGAUGAUGAGGUGGUGCAGGGGGGAAAUGAAUUGGCUGCGUCAAGAGUGCGGGCAGGGAACCUGCUGACUUUGGCGACAGCGAAGGGUGGUGAGGAACAGAAGGGGGGUAAAGAGGCCACUGGGCAUGGAGGGGCCGAAGGGACAGUGAGGACACUGGAGGAGCAAGUGCCAAAGGGAAGGGCCAGUGCUAAGCUUGCUUCUUCUAAUAACGGGGUUUAUGCGGCUGUAGUUGAGCUCACUGAAGAGAUAGAGCUGGCUGCAGAGGCGCCACGACGGGACAGGUGGAAGAGGACCGUGGAGCCCCCUGUGCAGGAGAAGGAAGAGAUGGAUGCCGUUGCUGUGACGCACCAUGAUGGCCAGAAGAAGGCUGCAGUGGUGAGGCGCCGUGUCGGGAGGAAGAAAGAUGCGGCAAUUGUUGCCCCUCCACCACAGCCUCCAAAGAGGAGGUCCGAAAAGGACCAGGGAAGGGUUACGAGAGCUAGUGCAAGGAAUAACGUUCUUCAGGAGGAGGACAAGGUGGAACAAGAGGGAAAUGGUGUAGCUGCAGCAAGAGAGCAAGCAGGGAAUCCAUCCAUUGUGACGUUGGUGCAUGGUGGUGAGGAUAAAGAAGUGAAAGGGUCCACGGAUGCAUUGGAGGAUGAAGCGUCAAAGGGGAGGGCCAGUGCCCAGCAUGCGUCUUCUGACAACAGGGGUCAGGAGGAACAGGGUGGUGCUCAUCGUUCUUCUAGAGAUGAUUCAGGAUCUAAUGGAAUCCCCAAUACUACAAGCAAAUACAGAGAGGAUCGAAAGCUGAAGGCGUACUCGACCCCCUUCGAUGUCAGUCAAUUUCUUGAGAUGACUGCUCAUUUUGUUACACGACUAGCAAAGAGAAAACACCAAAGGAUAUCAAAGGUGAAGAAGGAUGAAGUUAGAUAUGCGACAGAUAAGAUGGGUUCACUCUUCCGAGAAAAUUGCGGCAUUCUCGUAGUUUCUCUCGGCUGUAUCAAAAGUCAAAACGCACUUCCCUCUUGGCCUCUUGCGUCCUCCUCAAAAUUCAAAAUCUGCCCCGCUUCUCCUCUCUCCGACCUUUCCGAUUCCCCGAAACCCCCGAUGGCCACCCAGCCUCCGCCGCCGGUGCUCACCCUCACGGUGGAGAAGGGGCCGCGCAAGGGAGAGAUCCGGCAGUGCAUCGCGGGGUCCGCGCUCCGCGUCGGGCGCGUCGUCAAGGGCAACGACCUCGCCGUGCGCGACGUGGGCGCGUCGCAGCAGCACCUCGCCAUCGAGUUCCUCCCGCCGCCGGCCUCCCGGUGGGCCGUCUCCGACCUCGGCUCCUCCAACGGGUCCUUCCUGAACGGCGCUCCCCUCGUCCCGACCGUCCCCGCCCCGCUCUCUGACGGGAACCUGAUCAAGAUCGGCGAGUCCACCGUGCUUGCCGUGUCCCUCGCGUCCGAUUCAGAUCUGUGCCGCGGCGCUGCUGCGGCCGCGGGCCCUAGGCGCUCCUCGCGCGGCCCGGCGGUGCCAGCGGCGGCGGAGGAGAAGAAGCCCCCAGCGGGGGACCGCCGGGGAACGCGGAAGAAGGCCGCGGUGGUGGAGGCCCCCGAAUUCGAGGAUGAAGCGCCGGACGCUGCGGCAGUGGUGGUGGAGGAGGAGAAACCCCGCCUGGUUACGCGCCGGGGCGGACGGAAGAAGGCGGCUGCAUCGGACCCCCCUGAAGAACCAGAGAAGGAUGAAGAGGAGAAGGAGGAGCCACCGCUGGUGACGCGCCGCGGCAGGCAGAAGAAGGUGGCGGAGCACCCUGUACCGGAGAAGGAUGAAGAGACGGAGGUGGCCCCGGUUGUUACUCAACUUGAAGGGAAUAAGCAGGCCGUGGAGCCCCCUGAACCGGAGCCGGAGAAGGAAGGGGCGAAGCGUCGUGGCAGGCCAAAAAAGGCCACGGAGGUGCCUGAACCAGGGAAGGAAGAGGAAGCGAAGGCGGAGGCCCCGGUGGCUACACGCCGAAGUGCGAGGAAUAAGGGUGCGGCGACGGCCGCUGCUCCACCACCGCCUGCAAAGACAAGGUCCAGAAGAGGCAGGGGAAGAGGCGCAAGGGCGGCUAGUACAAGGGAGGCCGUUAUUCCUGAGGACGAGGACGUGGAGGAACAGGAGGAAAUUGAGGUGGCCAUGCCAAGAGAGCCUGCAGCGAAUCAUCUGUCGACUUCGACAGUAGUGAAGAGUGCUGAGGCGGAGAAGAUUGCAGCUGGGGAUGGAGAAAUCAAGGUGGCUGCGAAGGAGGCACCGGAGGUGGAAGUGGCAAAGGAGGCAGCCAGUGCUACUGUUGCCAACAAUGGGUGUGCCAAGGAAAACGAUGGUGGAGAAGAUGAAGAAGAGGAUGGCAAGGCAGAAUUGGUUGGCAGUGGUGGAGAAGCAGGGGCCGGGGAGAAGGUGGAGGAGCGUGCUGGGAGAAGCAGCCUUGACACCAUGACAUUGGGGGAGUGGUUCUACCGGAUGGAGAAGUACCUCGUAAGGAAGAUCGAUGAGUAUGCUGACCAGAGCAUCGUGGAGUUGGAGGACCAAGAACGGCGUUUGUAUGAGUACAUAUCGACUCUUGGGAAACAGCUCUGAGACCCCUUUUCCUGAACAACCUAUACUGGAGCUGUUGCCGUGGUUAAUAUACAUCUGCAGUUGCUGAAGAGAAGUUCGUUGGUGUCUCACUAGCUGGUAGCAGUUUGAUCUUUUGCUCAUAGGCUUGUAAUUAGCUUAGUAUUUUAGGUACGUGGUCGUGGUGUUCUCUGUGGGUUAAUUGAAGGUGCGAUACUAGUGGGUUAUUACUUAUUAGAGCGGUUCCAGUGCAAAAUGGAUUUGCUGUAUCUAAUCUAUUGCCGUGUCACUAAGCAGAAAUAAUAAGGAUCAUGUUCCUUGUGGAUCG